CGCCGGUGCUGAAGAAAUAGCUUUUUCAAAUCCAGGCCAUACAGAGUCAGCCUGAGAUGGAUUUAGUCCAAAGUAGCGGUGUGCUGGUGAUACAGUACUUCCAGAACAACUACGGGGAAUACCGUGACUUCCUUGGUGUCAUUUCAACCGUGGGCGACCCUCGGAAUAUCUUCUCGGUUUAUUUUCCUCUGUGGUUCCAUCUGAGUCACACGGUGGGCACUAAAAUGAUAUGGGCGGCUGUUUUGGGGGACUGGUUUAAUCUCAUUUUCAAAUGGAUUCUCUUUGGGCAGCGACCUUACUGGUGGGUGCAUGAAACUCUGAUCUACAACAAUCAUUCUUUCCCCCGUUUGGAGCAAUUUCAUAUAACAUGUGAAACAGGGCCAGGUAGUCCAUCCGGUCACGCGAUGGGCUCCUCAUGCGUGUGGUAUGUCAUGGUAACAUCUGCUCUCAACUCUACUCAAUCUUUCACAGUGGCCACCGAUCAAACGUCUAAAAGACUUUGGCUUUUGCGGUCUUGCUUGUGGACCAUCUUUUGGAUCAUCCAGAUUAGCGUUUGCAUCUCCAGGGUUUUUAUCGCCACACAUUUCCCACACCAGGUUAUCCUUGGCCUUUUAGCUGGCAUGUUGGUGGCCGAGGCGUUGGAACGCCUGCCUUCAGUCUGCAACGUGAGCAUGAAAGCAUACACUCAGGUCACGCUCGUGCUUUUCUCCAUCGCUGUUUGCUUCUACCUGCUGCUCAACUUGGCCGGCGUGGAUCCCUUGUGGUCAGUGGCCAAAGCCAAGAGGUGGUGUGCUAACCCCGACUGGAUCCAUCUAGACACCACGCCCUUUGCCGGCUUGGUGAGGAACCUGGGAGCUUUAUUUGGACUGGGCCUGGCCGUCAACUCCCACAUGUUUAUCCAGAGCUGCAAAGGAAAGAACGGCCAUGAAGGCAGAUUUAGGAUCAUGUGCGUGGCCGCCACUCUCACCAGCCUGCAGCUGUAUGACUUAGUCAGAAUACCCACAAAUACUGACCUCUUGUUCUAUAUCCUCUCCUUUUGGAAGACAGUGUCUAUUCCAGUUGUUGUGGUUGCUCUUAUUCCUUAUUGUGUUCAUUUGAUAAUGGGAAAAGAGGACAAGAAGCUUUAGAGUAGCAAAAAACAUUACAAGGUAAUGAUUUACAGUAGAAAAUGAGAUUUCCUGUAUGAAAUAGGUUUUAAUAAAACCUUUAUUAACAUACAAGCAAUGUGCUAAUUAGGAGUGCUGAAAAAACCUAAUCAUAUCCAAAACGUGAUUCUCAUUUAUUUUCAUUUAAAAUCAAUUCAUAGUUUUCAAAAAUCUAAUAAAUUAAAUAUAUUGUCGAGGUUGAAGUGGUUUAUCCAUUAUACAGUGCUCAAUACCGGGGUAGAGCAGAAUGGACGUUAGGUCAGGAAAAAACACAGAGGCUAUUUCAUCCCUACAAGCCUGUUUC